GUGAAGCCAUACAUUCCGGACUUCAAGCUGGCUUUCGAUCAUUUCUACAUACAUGUCGGAGGAAGGGCUGUGAUUGAUGAACUGGAGAAGAACCUACAGCUGAUGCCGGUACAUGUUGAGGCUUCUUGGAUGUCCCUCCACCGUUUCGGCAAUACAUCGUCAAGCUCCAUUUGGUAUGAGUUGGCCUACACAGAAGCCAAGGGGAGGAUGCGCAAGGGCCACCGUGUGUGGCAGAUUGCAUUCAGAAGUGGUUUCAAGUGUAAUAGUGCUGUCUGGGAAGCUCUUCAGCAUGUAAAGCCUUCUCCCAAGGGUCCCUGA